UAAGGCAGCGCAGCAGGGAAACAACACCUUUAACAUCACACCUUGUUUGUACACAGACGGAGUUACUGCUUUUACUCAUCAUCCGUUUCUGCGAUUUGGUUAAUAUGGUGCUAAAAUGGUCGAUUAAGGCCUUUUACGCACACAUCUGUCGCCUGUUGUGAAUCUGAGCUCCGCUGUUAAGUCAUCACACUCUGGAUAUUCAGCUACAGUGAAUUCUCUAUAGCGCACAAGGCUGCCAUGCUCAAACAGAGAGAGAAAGAGCUUAUAGCAGAAAUAUGGGAUAAACUGACUCCCGUGGCAGAAGAUAUUGGAUCAGAGGCGCUUCAUAGGAUGUUUACCACCUACCCAGGUACCAAGACGUACUUUUCCCAUCUGGACAUCAGCCAGCGCUCCCCUCACAUGCUCUCUCAUGGGAAGAAGAUUGUUGAGGCCAUAGCAGAGGGAGCCAAAGACAUCAGCCAACUGACCGUCACCCUGGCUCCUCUGCAAACCCUGCACGCCUACACGCUCCGGAUCGUGCCGACCAACUUCAAGCUCUUCUCACACUGUAUGCUCGUCACCCUGGCCUGUCACAUGGGUGAUGACUUCACACCGGUUAUACAUGCUGCAAUGGACAAGUUCCUGUCAGCUUUUGCAGCUGUCCUCUCCGAGAAAUUCAGAUGAGACCCAGCCACCUUUUUAGAAAUGAUGCUGAAGGCAGUUUGACUGGCUGCUGUCUCGCAGAUCCUGCUGACAGAUGACUGCUACUGUGGACAGAGAUGCUGAAUGCAGGUCAGAGUCGGUGUGGAUUGAAAAUUACUAUCUCUGUGGCAACAACAGUAACACUACCAAUCAUAUUGCGCAACAAAAUAUGAUGUUGUCCGCCAACAUAAUAUUCUCGAGGUGUGUGUCAGGAAAGCAAAGUAUCAAGCAACACUUUUUUCUGUCAAAAAUACGUCAUUUCUGUCUAGUGAAACUUCUGAAAAGUGUGCCUACCAUAAAUAAGGCUUAAGGCAGAAAAGGGUGGGUCAUGCCUUCACCAUCCUAGGAACAAACUUGACACCAAAAAGCUAGGUUUAGAAAUGCCUUGAAAGCCUGAUUUAUGGUUUGUCACAUGAAACUUUUAAAAACAGAAAUUAUGUAUUUUCAACAGAUGGACAGAUAUCAGUGCAUACAUGGAGAAAUUUGUUUGAUCAUGAACGUCAUAUUUUGUCAUGCAAUGUCAUUAGUAGUGUUACUAUUGUCACCUACCAAGUCCACAGAAGCAGCCGUCUGUCAGCAGCAGCUCCUGUGGAGCUGAGAGGACAGACGCUGGCCCAGUAUUCAUCUAUAUGUCGGUCAAACUGUCUUCACCAGACUGACUGACAGCAGACAUUUACUGAAUCAAAAUAGUUUUCAUGUCAGCGCCACGGAAAGAAAUCAACAGCGUUUGUAUUUAGUGAUAUAUUGAUUAUAUAGAGAGCUUUAGAGUGAGUGAGGGGAAUUUGCAGCACACAAAAAGACUGGCAGCUGAUUAAUCAAUAAUUAUUGUUAAUAAAUUAAAACACAGACACAGCGGCAUAAUGAUGUGAUUGUAAACAGCUGUGUGUGAGGAUUAUGCUUCAUCACAGGCGACAAAAAUAGAUUUGUAGGUAAAAGAAAAACAAAACACAGGGGGUCUCUGGUUACCAUAUGAAACUUUUUGUCACAACAUAAAUUGAAAAAGUUGCACAGCUGUUUAAUUUCUAUCAGGUGACACACUCCUCAAAAGUGUCAAGCGCCCAGCCAUAAAUCACACUUCAACAGAGUGCUGCAGGGUUGAUGUUUGCCUUUAGUUGACAUAGAAGUUAGCUUCAUUCUGGUUCCCUCAUCAAAUUUUGGAAUUUUGCAGAAAAUACACUCUGUGGCAAACAGAUGUUUCUGGUACUUAAUUUUGUUCAGCAAGAUAACCUUCACAAGUUAUGGUGAGGGUAUAUGCAAGCUACACCGCAGUCACAUGACCCACCAUCACCACAACAACGCUGUAAAGCUGUGUUUAGCGCGAUGACGUUCUGUAGUCUCAUUUAGCCAUUUGUUAGCAACUGCCUUUUUUUAAGACACAAAAAAGCCCCAAAACUCACGAGUGGGGUAUUUAUUGAGGUAUUUAAUGUCUUAGAACAAAACACAAAAGUCUCAAAAACUUGUGUUAGCGACAGACCUUAUUCAAGGCAUCUAACCAAAAACCCAUUGACUCUGAGACCAGGGAACCGAAAGUGGUAAAAUGCUAACUCAUUCUGGGAACUGCCCAUUGGUUCGACAUCCCUUUGUUCCGACCAUAUUAAACUCAUUGUUCCGAAGUCCGUUCCGAAAUCAUCAUGAUGCCCUGUGGUUAAGGUCUGGUUAGGUUUAGGCACAAAAAACUUGGUUAACUUGGUGAAGUUAAUAAAAUGUUGCCUUGGAGUCAUGUUGGCAGACGACCAAGCAGGCGAGCUGGUCUGGAUGAAAGGAAUGCCACAUGAGGAGGAUGGAUGUUCAGGUUACAAGCCUCCUGUAGGUGUAAUUCCUUAUGUGUCCAGCAGAGGGCGAUCUCGUCACAGCCACGCUAUGCAAAGAUUUCAGUCCCAUAAACUCCCACCUGUGUCUGCUGCUCGUCCCUCAGCCCUGAAAGAACAAAAAGGAGGCCUUAUUGACACCCUGUAACAUAACACACAUACACACACGGGGACUCUGCUGGUCAUGGAUAUUGUGGCAAUGCAGGUGUGUAUAAAGGUGGGCGGUCAUCAUUUCUUAUUGGCUAUCCUCCGCUUCCUGGUGGCCAGCAUGUCGUAGAAAGGAUCCCUGCUGAUGCUUGCUCUGUGGAAAGAGUCCUGUCCACUGUCAGCAUUGUGAACAAGAUGUAUUUUUAAUCAAAAAAUCUGUUGCUAUAGAGACGAGCAAAACACUGUCACCCAUGAUCAAUUUGUGAUGUUUAGAACACCCCAGGACUAUUUUGGGACGAGGUCCACUAAUUUCUCUGAGUACUAACGUGACCUUAAUCUGUCUUGUAUCUAUCCAUCAGUGCAUCUUCCCCAAAACACAUCACGUCUUUUGUCUGCACUGCAUUUGUUCCUCAAUCAAACCUCACUUUCUGUGCUAUAAAUAUCUCUACAUCUCACCAUUGAUGCUAUCCACAGAAAACACAACACACUAACAACAAAACACACCCAGUAAUGCAAAAAAAACAUGUUGUCAGCUAGUCCAUUUAAAGGCGCUGUAUACAACAUUCAGAGCAUUAAUAGAGCAGCAAACAACUCUUGCUAUGUAAAGAUAUAGUGGAGUGACGGCGUCCCGAGCAGAGUGGCAUUGUUGCAGAAGCCUAAUGACCAUCCUCCGGUUCCCCACCAGGUAAACACUGUUAGCUCUGUCAGCACUGUUGCCGUUGUUAGCUCUUUUCUGACCGUUAGCUGCUAGCCACCUCCAUGUUGAGAGACAUGUGCAGAUUCUGAAACACAAAUAUGCUCUGAAUGUCACAUACAGCUCCUUUAAAGUGGUCUUGUAGGAGAAAGACAUCAAUCAAAAUGUACACAGGAAAGCUGGACAGUAUUUUUUAACCCCCCUCAUGCUCGAAGAGAUAAGAAUAAAGAUCACUUACUGUUUUAAGUUAGGCCACAUAUCUUUUCUCCCCACCCCUCAGCUUCAAUAAACUUUUCCCAUCUAUCUAAGUAACCUUGGUUAUAUGUAAAAUAUUCUUCCAAAAUAAAGUGGUGUUUAAGAAAGCCUUUAAAUCUGUAGAUCUAGAUUCUACUAAUAAAUUAACCUUUCCCCUAAUAAUAUAAUCAAAUUAACAGUAUAGGUCUUUAUUUCUGUAACAUCCCCCAAUGUCACAGAGAAGAGAUCCAACUCCAGGUGCAGAUACAAUAUGACAUUACCAAAACAGAUGGACUGUUGACUCAGGUUCUGAACCACCAAACCAGCAUUCAUCUGAUUCUCUAAUACCUUAUAUGUUUAGCAUUUUUAUAGUAGCCAGAAAGUUAAUGUUUCUUAUUGAAAAUACCUUGUGAAUGAGUCAAAAGUUGUUUUAUAUAUCAAACUAAAAACCAGUUUGCAUGGUAUAUCGCAUAUAAGUAUCCUCCCAUUUUUGAUAAGUACUCUAUGGAAUAUUUCCCAAGGACCAGUAUGUUAAAUGAAGAUAUAAAAAUCUUCAAGUGCAAAGCAGAAAUGAAAAAUCCUGUUCAAAAAAAUUCCCUUCCCUUCGAUCACAAUAUUGGAAUUAAACCAUAUAACCUGCUGCAUAAUUUCAUCUCUGCCUCUGGAGGAUUAAACUGAAAGCAUAACCAACUCCGUAUGACCCCCACCUUCAAAAACACAGAUGAAUUUCCAAGUAUCUUUUCAACCAAGCCCUUAUGACAAGGCUGAAUUUGCAAAAAAGGGUAAAACCUUAAUUGAAACAGUGGGCGAGCACCUUCCAAUAACUCCAGUCCUUAUGCAAGUACAUUUUUUGAACAAAGGCAGCCUUUAAAGUAAGGCAUGAUACUUCAAGGUUUAGUAGUUUUAACCCAGCUAUUUAGAACACUUCUUUUAAUUCUUUCCAGAUUAUGACUCCAGAGGAAGUGCAACAGUACUUUAUAAGUGUGAUAGGUUACUGUCACUGUCAUGUCAGCAAACAGCUGCCUAUUUACACACCCAGCAGACAUGAAGCAACAGUAUCAUUCAUUGGGAGUCAUGUUUCUGACCAUUUUAUAAUUUUAAGUUCAAUAUUCACUCUCUUUUAUCUCUGUUUUGGUCUCUGUCGACUCCUGAGGGGAAUAUCUCUCGUGUGUGUGUAAGCACUUGAGUGUGCCUCGUUCAUGUAAGAGUGUAAGAAUGCAUCAUUUAUCCUCAUUUAGCUGUUCAAUAAAACAUCUUUCUCCAACAUUUCCAAGAAGCAAUAUAUGAUUACUAAUCAAGGGAAAAAGGUACAUUGCCUUUUUUCAAAAAGGUAGCCGAUAGUUAAAUAUUUCUGCACACUGUGGUCCCUAAACAGUCGGUUAUAUUUGCUAAAAAUGACUCUGCCUCACUUCUGACUUUCAGCUCUGCCUGUCAUACCUGCUGCUUCUCAGUCUUUAUUUAUUUAUUUAUCUCUCUGCUCUUUUGUGCUCUUGCUCUCUCUGUACUGUGCCUUUUAUUGUAGGAGCCCCUGAUUUUUUGGUGAGGCACUUUGGUGGGUGGGAGUAUCAGAUGGCACAAAAAAUAACAUUUAUUUAACAUGUAAAUACAUAUAACUUGUAUUGUCAGUGAUUUAAGUCAGUAAAUUGUUGUACUUGAUCUCACGCAAGGAUCAGCCAUAGACCCUUAUCGUGGGCCCCACCCUUGGCCUAUUACUGUGAAAGUAAUACAUUUCCAUCAGCAAGAUGUUUUAAAAAUGACAAUUAUUAAAGUUUAACAGAGUUUCUGAAAACAAAUGACGUGACAGAAUUCCAGCCUAGUGCCUCCGGGCUGAAAUUAAGUCACGUCAUUUGUGUCCUCAUGUGGCUUUUGAGGCACGUGUGGCAGGGGUCUGUUGUCUUAUCUGCUUUGUAUUGCAGUCUGAGAUAGUGCCAAAGUGCGUGAUGAGUUUCAGUGUCUCAGAAAAACAGCACCUUGAGACUGAAAUCCACCUUGUCAUCACAUGACACUGAAAAAAACUUCACAACAAUCAAGUGGAUUCCUUUAGUCUUUAAUCCUCAUGUAAAAUUUAAUUACAUGAGGUGGAGCACCAGGUGUACAGUUGCCCUUAAAAGGCAACAAAAAACAAACAUUUUACUUUUUUUUCACCUCUCUUAUCCAUAUAUGUUGGUGUGCAGUCUGACUUCCACAUAAGCAGAAUAAGUUUCUUUGCCACGACCAUACCAAAUGAGUCGGCCUGAGUUUCAUACUUGUCUGCCAAAGGUACACAUUCGUGGUACCUAAGACAGCAAGUGCUGGGUUAGGUCCCCAGUUCUUCCCAAAAGCAUUAGAGUACAUUCAAACACACUCUUCCAAUAACUCAACAAUAUCCGACAUGUCCAAAGAGGAUGUGUUAAUGUCCCGUCAGCCUCUUUACACUCACUACAGAGGAGGGAAACAUCUUAUGCAAUCUGUCUUUGGAGUAGUAUAGCCGAUACACUGUUUUAAAAUGUAUCAGACUGUGUCUAGAGUUGAUUGAACAUUUAUGCACACUUUCAAGACUCUCCUCCCAAAUCUCAAAUCACUCUCCAAAUUCUGCUGAAGUGCAUUUGUUCUGACAUCAGCAUGCCUUCAUAUAAUGUGGUAAAAGUAGGAAACUGCUCCCUUACUACGAGGAUUAAAGUUGUAAUACUCUCAAAACAAAGCAAACAAAGCAAAACAAUACUGCAGACAUUAGUUAGCGCUGGCUAGAAAGUUCCGUUGCGCGUGGUGCGUUCGGAAAUACUCGACGAGUGCAGGAGCACACUCUGGCACAAACUGGACCGUUUGUAAAGAGAGCUGUCAGAAUGUAUUGUUCGGUUAUCCACAGCACCGCACUCAGUGGCAGAGUGCACUCUGGACACUGUCUGGGGAAACACAGCAGCAGAGCGCCGAGCAGAGUGAAUGUGCGAUUAACUUAACUAUUCGUUAAUUCAUAUAGAAACAUAACACUCAUGGACCUUUCACAUCCAGAUACGACGUGCAAAGUACUCUGGGUGCAUUGGCUGUUGACGUUCUGGGAGGCUGUGUCAAGUUCUGCCUGUUACAUGCAUUGUUUUCUUUCAAAAUACACUGAUAUUUUCACAGGAAAUUCACUGUUCAGUACAACAUGAAGCAACAAACGCACAUGGUUAGGUUUAGAAAAAGUGAACAGGCUUUGGCUUUAUAAUCUUACAGGACAGGAACUCCACUCUCCGGGUGAAAGUCUGUUUGUUGGACCCAUCCACCACCACACCCACCCACCCACCCUCCUCGGACAUUCCCUGCCCUAACUUUCACUUGUCCCACUGUGUUUCCCCUUGACGCCGCUGAGGGCCAUUAAACUUUAACGGGUAUGUGCUGGACCCAGAUGCAGCACACAGGCCCAGAGCAUUUGGUGAUGACCUUUAUUUAUACACAGAGUAAACAAGAACUUUAGCUGACAAAGAUAUUCAGGUAACAGUUCGCUCUUUGGGCUCAGAGCCCACACACAGUCUCUGAGUUCAGGGGCCAGGGUACGGACCAGGCCGAACCGAGUGUGAGGAAGUAAGUCCUCAGACGGAAACAGUUCAGUCCGCUGGCAGGCAGAG